AUGCUUACAAGGAACUGUUUAUCCCUGCUUCUCUGGGUCCUGUUUGAUGGUGGUCUCCUCACACCACUUCAACCACAGCCACAGCAGACUUUAGCCACAAAACCAAGAGAAAAUGAAGUUCACCUGCCAGGGCGACAGUCACAUUUCCAACGAGUUAAACGUGGCUGGGUGUGGAAUCAGUUCUUUGUUCUGGAAGAAUACAUGGGCUCCGAACCUCAGUAUGUGGGAAAGCUCCACUCUGACUUGGACAAAGGAGAGGGCACUGUUAAAUACACCCUCUCAGGAGACGGUGCUGGCACUGUUUUUACCAUCGAUGAGACCACAGGGGACAUUCAUGCAAUAAGGAGCCUGGACAGAGAAGAGAAACCUUUCUACACACUUCGUGCUCAGGCUGUGGACAUAGAAACCAGGAAGCCUUUGGAGCCAGAAUCAGAAUUCAUCAUCAAAGUGCAAGACAUCAAUGACAAUGAGCCGAAGUUUCUGGAUGGCCCUUACACUGCUAGUGUUCCAGAAAUGUCUCCUGUGGGUGCCUAUGUCCUCCAGGUCAAGGCCACAGACGCGGAUGACCCAACCUAUGGAAACAGUGCCCGCGUGGUGUACAGCAUUCUCCAGGGACAACCUUAUUUCUCUAUUGAUCCCAAGACUGGGGUCAUUCGGACAGCUUUGCCGAACAUGGACAGAGAAGUGAAGGAGCAAUACCAGGUCCUCAUUCAGGCCAAGGACAUGGGCGGUCAGCUGGGAGGACUGGCAGGAACUACCCUCGUCAACAUCACCCUCACGGACGUCAACGACAACCCGCCUCGCUUCCCCAAAAGCAUCUUCCAUCUGAAAGUCCCCGAAUCUUCUCCUAUUGGUUCAGCUAUUGGAAGAAUAAGAGCUGUGGAUCCUGAUUUUGGACAAAAUGCUGAAAUUGAGUACAACAUUGUUCCAGGAGAUGGGGGAAAUCUGUUUGACAUUGUCACCGAUGAGGCUACACAAGAAGGCAUCAUUAAGCUGAAAAAGGUACAGAGUUGUAUUUUGGAAGAUUUUCCUAAUAAUAAUAAAAUGGAAAAGUACUUCAUAGAUUGGAAGACGGAUGGGGACAGCUACUUUGCAGUAGAUGGGACUGAAGGAACCAUUGCCACUAAUGAAUUACUGGACAGAGAAAGCACUGCACAGUAUAAUUUCUCCGUAAUUGCAAGUAAAGUUAGCAAUCCGUUAUUAACCAGCAAAGUCAACAUACUCAUUAAUGUCCUCGAUGUCAACGAAUUCCCACCAGAAAUAUCUGUGCCAUAUGAGACAGCUGUGUGUGAAAAUGCCAAGCCAGGACAGAUAAUUCAGAUAGUCAGUGCUGCAGACCGAGAUCUUUCACCUGCGGGGCAGCAGUUCUCCUUUAGAUUAUCUCCGGAGGCUGCCAUCAAACCAAACUUUACGGUCCGUGACUUCAGAAAUAACACAGCUGGGAUUGAAGCCCGAAGAAAUGGAUACAGCCGCAGGCAGCAAGAGUUGUACUUCCUCCCUGUUGUAAUAGAAGACAGCAGCUACCCUGUACAGAGCAGUACAAACACUAUGACUAUUCGAGUUUGUAGAUGUGACUCUGAUGGCACCAUCCUGUCUUGUAAUGUGGAAGCCAUUUUUCUACCUGUAGGACUUAGCACUGGGGCUUUGAUUGCAAUCCUACUAUGCAUUGUUAUACUCUUAGCCAUAGUCGUGCUGUAUGUCGCGCUGCGGAGGCAGAAGAAGAAGGACACCCUGAUGACCUCUAAGGAAGACAUCAGAGACAACGUCAUCCAUUACGAUGACGAAGGCGGCGGGGAGGAAGACACGCAGGCCUUCGACAUUGGGGCUCUGAGAAAUCCCAAAGUGAUUGAAGAGAACAAAAUUCGCAGGGAUAUAAAACCAGACUCUCUCUGUUUACCUCGUCAGAGACCACCCGUGGAAGACAACACAGACAUAAGGGAUUUCAUCAAUCAGAGGCUACAGGAAAACGACAUGGACCCAGGAGCACCGCCGUAUGAUUCCUUGGCCACAUAUGCCUACGAAGGCAGUGGGUCUGUCGCAGAAUCCCUCAGCUCCAUAGACUCUGUCACCACAGAGGCGGAUCAGGACUAUGAUUAUCUGACGGACUGGGGACCCCGCUUUAAGGUCUUGGCAGACAUGUUUGGUGAAGAAGAGAGUUAUAACCCUGAUAAAGUCACUUAA